CCUGAUGGGUCUGUGCGGUCUGUGCGUUUACCAAGCCUUCCAAACGUUCCAAACAUGAAUCUUCUUUCAUCGAACUCACAGUGCUAAACUAGAAAAUGGAAAAGAAAGUAGCAACCUGUUGCGUGUGACGCUGGCUCCGUUCCAUGGCUCAUGGCUCUAGUUUUUAGUUCGUCCAUGUUUUUAUAUUUUUGUUUCCGGUUAUACUCUGUUCCUGAGAUCCCAAGCCCUUGAUGAUCGUGCAGCUCUAUGUUCAAAGCUUGGAUUUUAAAUAACCAUUCCAUUUGCAGUGAUAAUCCAAAACUUCGAGGUGAUUUUGUUUAAUAGGCAUAUAAAAAAUCGAUGAAAUGGCGACGAAAACGAAGAUUAUUGCUACUAGAGGCAAUUAUUCCGAAGCGGAAAAAGUAGGAGUUCCGAGCAAAAAGACAAGCUCUUCGACAAAGGCGCAGAAUGAUCUGGAUUUAUUGCUGGGUGAAAUAACGGUUCAAUUUGAUGACGACGAGGUGCAGACGCUUUACUUUGGUCCAGUUGCGAUUGUCGACGACGAUGAUAAAGAAGAAGGAAAACGGAUGGUGGGUGGUGGUGUGGGUGGCAAAAAUGUUCAGAAGAAUCGAAGAAUUCAACCGCAUAUGAAAUCAUUUCCAGCGACUAUGCCGGUUACAUUAGAUAUGGUAAAAACAGAAAAUGGCAAUAAAAAACCUAUAGCCACAAAGGUAUCGAGAAGAUGUCCUCGGAAGCAUAAAGCGGAAUCAGAACUUGUUGGCUCAACCAUUGAUAGAAUAGCCGCUGCUGUUGGUAGAAAAAUUGAAAUGGAGCAGGAAGUGGGAGUGGAAACGAAACGCCAGAAAAAAGACGACCGUCUCCAUCAUUUGACAGCUGCUGUUGUUAUUGAUCCGAAAAUUGGAGAAAAUUUUCCUUCGCAGUCCUCGAUUACAAUCGAAGAUUCAAGAACUCCAUCGUUACAAAACAGAUCACGCCUAGGCCGAAAGCAAUCGAGAAAACAGAUCCUCAAACGUGAAAUCCUGGUGGAUGAUUCUGUUGGACUAGAACAGGUCGAUUCAGGUGAUCCAGUAGAUGAAUUGCGAAACUUCGAUAAAAAUUCUUCGCCAGUAGGAAGUGACAGCGGAAUAGAGAACGAACUCGGAAAUUUAGGCAAAAGGCAGUUUGUUUCCCAGAAAGGCGAAGAUCUUAUUGAUAUCGGAAAAAUCACAGUAAAUCUUCCCGAAGAGCUAGAAGACGAGACGGAAAUAAUAGAGGUAGAGACUGAUAUCAGGAACAAUAUUGUAAGCAAAAGUUAUUCACGAAAGCGCAUAAUUAAAUGUGAAAAAUGUACGAAGUGUUUUAAGAAAGAGCUGUGGUACAAAAAACAUCUAAUGAAUUACCACGGCAUUGAUUUGAGCAACAUAGCUCACUUUCUUUCCAAUUUGCCAACUUUAGACGAGAGUCUAGAGGAUGGAGAGGAGGGACAAGUGCUAGAGGAAGAAUUUGAGCAGUAUGAAAUAGACGACACAAAUGAAGCUGAUCAGGAGAUUGAAGAUACGAAUGUAACACGUCAAACUGUAGAGAAUGGUUCAAAGAAUCCGGAUGUUUGCAUUUUAGAUGAAGAUGUUCCUGCUAAGGUGCUUAGAUUACAAGAAAGUCCUCCGAUGCAGAGCCCUGUAACCGUUCAGGUGUAUCCGGAGGUUAAUCUGGCAAACUCGAAUAAUAAACCGAAAACUGCUCGUCGCCGUAAGGACAAACUAGUCCCGAUAAACUCGGAUGCUGAUGUCAAAAUUAAACACGAGUUUAGUCUGGUUUCGUCAGCAGAAACUGAGCACAGUUCAUCUUCACAAACGGUUUUCAACAAUAUUUAUGUCGUUAAAUAUUUGGAACAAGGUGCGGUGCUAUUAGCUGAAACACGCAAUGAAGGUGAAAAACGUUUACCAGAUGUAAAUAAAGAAAAUAAUAAGUCCGUUCACGUUGUGGAAUCUACAGAACCAGAUAUUGAAGACGAUGAACUCAGUCCGUACGAGAAGACCAAAAUUGUCGAUUGUUCACCGAGAGAACCACGUUUUAAAUGUAGCAUUUGUGAGAAAUUUUUCGGUCGCCGAAUCGAUGCAAGGCAGCACAUAAACAUCACUCAUAACGACGUCAAAAGACGAAGUUGUCCGCAUUGUGGUAGGACUUUUUCACAAACUGGUGAUCUGACUCGCCACGUCCGCAUACAUACAGGCAUUCGACCUUUCAAAUGUCCGCACGAAGGAUGUACUUUUGCAUUUAUAUCUUCGGGAGACUUGAAUAAACACGUCCGUCGCCAUAAUCAAGAUGUACCAAAGCCACACGUUUGUGCGGUCUGCGGAAAAGAUUUCGAACGGGGAUACGACCUCAAGCGGCACAGUUCUAUGCAUGCAAAAGAUGAUCCCAACUUCCAAGGCAUCAGCUGUGAGUUGUGCGGCAAAAUAUUUGCACGUAAAGACCAAUACCGAGCCCACACAUAUCGUCAUAUUGGUUACAAACCACACAAUUGCGAUCGCUGUGGGAGAUCUUUCUCUGAUGCAAGCAACUACGCGAAACAUGUCAAACUGCACGACUUGGAUGGACAGGCUCUAUUCUGUCAUUUUUGUGGAAAACCAUUUAAGAACAAAACGGCAAUUUCAAAGCACGUGUUACACUGCAAGAACAAAACCAUGCAGGGGAAAAGUUCAAGAAAAUCCAACAAGAAAGGGCGCUUCAAAAACGAAAGAACUCCCCAAAAAGAAAUCACCACAUGAAAUUAAAUCGUCUAUGAAGUGAAGAGUUAUAUUUAUAAAGUAUCAUUUACAAAUUGGAACAAUUAGUAUGUGCGCUGGUACGUUUUUCGGUUCCUGUCGUCAUUUCUUCCCAUCACAAAAAGCAGGGCUGGUAGCGGUUUGAUAAUGAAAUAGUAGGGACUUUAGUGACCAAAAUUUGAAAAAAAGUGACCAAAUAGUGACUUUGAGGACCGAAAAAAGUGACCAAAUAGUGACUAUGUAGAACGAAAAAAUAACUUUGAAGUACAAAAAAUGUGACCAGUCAGGCCCGUGCGAUGGACCCUUCCGGGGGGGUUUUCAAAAUUCAAAUUUAGAUAAAAUUAAUAACAAUACCAAAAAUAAACAAUUGAAAAGGAAAGGGUUUUCUUACACCAUUUGUCACUCAUGUUCAACACAAAAACUAAAAAAAUGACUGAUAAACUAAAUUUUGGAAACAUAUUACUAUGAAUGUUUCAAAUUUUCGAUAAGUCAAGAAAGUAAGAAAUAAAUUAGUUUCAGAAGAAUUUCUUAGCAAAUUU